AUGCGCGUCACGACGUCUUUAUUGGGCGCAAUUUUAAUUAGAGUAUUAACGAAACGUGCAGACGGGUGCAAGAGGGUGCACGAGGGUGCAAGAGGGAGGCUGGGCGGGCGGCUAGAGGGCGCGCGGGUGCAGGUGCACCUGGGCGGCGGCCGGCGCCCGGCGGCCCACGUGCCCGGGCCGGCAGUCGCUCGCGAGCCGCCGUCGAAGCGCCGCUACCGGCCGCGCCCGCCCUCCGACGCGACAGGUGGCGCCGCCCGCCUGCGCGCUCAGCUCGACCUACCAGUCUAUACGCCCGGUUCUAAACAUCAAACUUUCAGCGCU